GGACACGGAUGGAGAUUCCUGAUCACAAACAAGGUAUGUUCAUGUUGCUGGUUUGAAUAUAAUCGUACUGUUUCUUAGUAACCACCAAUAAUAAUUGCAGAUGAAUGUACGUCUUUCUGAUGAAUGGGUUGAUAAAAAAAGUGUUGAUUAUUGUUAGUUCAAUGACAUAAUGCACAAUUUAGCUAGCUUCUAGCAUUGUUAGCUAGUAGGGCGCGAUUUCAAUUCAUGUUAGUAGUUAGCUAGCUGUGUACUGUAUCUACUACGACUUCCGUGAAGCAUCCACACUUGUAUUGUUUCCUUGAUUUAAAUCGACUAAAAUAGCUGAUGUUAGUUCAGCUGUCUGUUCAACUUGGUUGGUUAGUUAGUUGCUAGCCCACACUGGCUUAAUGGAAGUAACAACAAACUAGCAAGUCAGUGACUAGUAAGCUAACUUAACGUUAUACAGUUGCUAACUAGUGACUGCUUUCAAGUUGUAGUAAGCUAAUGUUAUCCUUGGCUUGAAUCCAGUCCACUGCAAACAGUGUUCAUAGUCAAAAGGUUGGCCAUCAAGUUAGCUAAUUAUUGAUGUCUAUAUGGUUGGAACUUGCAGAGAAAUCCUUGCAGAUGUCAAUGCACUUAGCUAAGCAUUACAGCAUUGACUGUGUCAGAUGGAACUCAUAAUGUCUGCUUAGAUGUUGACUAAAUUCAUUUGUGAACCUAUAGCUAGCUACACACAGGUAACUGCCAAAAUAAAGGAAACACUUGAGGAAAUGAGCGAUACAAAGUAUAUUGAAAUCAGGUGCUUCCACACAGGUGUGGUUGGUUCCUGAAUUAAUUAAGCAAUUAACAUUACAUCAUGUUUAGGGUCAUGUAUAAAAAUGCCCAGUUGCCCAUUAUUUUGGCUACCAUGGCUAUAAGAAGAGAUCUGUGACUUUGAAAGAGGAGACUCAAAGGAGCAUAGGGGGUUUAAAGUGUGUGUGUCUGUCUCAGUCACCAGAUCUCAAGAGACAUCAUUUUCCACCUCCAACAAAACACCAAAUUCUAGAAUUUAUUGUGGAAGAAUGGUGUCGCAUCCCUCGAAUAGAGUUCCAAGACACUUGUAGAAUCUAUGCCAAGGCGCAUAGAAGCUGUUCUGGUGGCUCUUUGUGGUGCAACGCCCUAUUAAAACACUUUAUGUUGGUUAGUCCCCUGUAGAUCAGUUGGUAGAGCAUGGCGCUUGCAACGCCAGGGUUGUGGGUUCGUUUCCCACGGGGGGCCAGUAUGAAAAUGUAUGCACUCACUAACUGUAAGUCGCUCUGGAUAAGAGUGUCUGCUAAAUGACUAAAAUGUAAUGUAAAAUGUGUCGCCUUUAUUUUGGCAGUUACCUGUACCUUUCAAGUUUAAUAUUGUUCUCUUCAUUGCAUAGAUAUCAAUUGUGUCAGAAGAUGAGUUCGCAUCAAUAUUCACGACCGGGAAUACCUCCUGGUAUGGGAAAAAAACAGAUUCCUGGAGGAAACACUGCAAUGGUGUCUAGUAGUCAACCAAACACAAUAGGUAAUAUCAUGCAACCUGCUGAACUAACUCGCAGCAAAACUAUCUCGCUUUGUAUCACAACUAUUUGCAGUGGUUAGUAAGUGUGGGAAAGCAUUGGUCAGUCAAGUCUGCUGCGUAACAAUGGUUAGUACUCCAACUCUUUGUACCACAGGUGGGGCAGACGAUAGCAGCCGUGACCCUCACCCAGACCACAGUCCCUAUGACCGCCCAAGCGGUGGUGGUGGAGCACCGAGCUUCAAAGACGACAAGCAGGAGACAGUGGUGGUCCGGCCUUACCCCCAAGCCCAGGUCCACGGCCCCCCCCAGGGUCACCACCCAACACUACCUCAGCACCUGCCCCUCCAGCAGGGCAUGCCCGUCACAGUGUCAGCCCCUCCACCACACAUCCCCCAAGGCCUUCCUCUGGCCUUCGCUGAAGGACCCAUAAAGGUAUGGAUGAGGGAGCUCAGAGUUCUGUCUGCUGCAUUAGCCCUCAACCUACCUGAUCUCAUCUUUCACCUUUUCUUAGGUGCAGUCAUCUCUGAAGUCGCCCAUGCCCAGUCGAGUGAUUGCCCCAGCACCAGCCAACAUCUCCCUGCCACCCAAGGUGCCAAGCCACGUCACUGUAACAUUGGAGAGCACUGUGCCUCCGACCCCCGGCAUCCCUGUAGCAACUAUCAGUGGCCAACAGGUAAGGACUGGUGUUGUUUACAGUUGUAAUAUACCCUAUAAAUAAUAUACCCUAUUUAGGUCUACCCAAUGUGAUGACGUGAUGAAAAUUGUGGUUCCAAAUCUAUAAUGCUUUGUGUCCAUGGGCGUGGCGUUUCCAGGGCAACCCCAGUAACCUGCACCAUCAUGUGCAGAUCAUUCGCAGCAACGGCCCGCCCCUGCAGCUCGGCACCCCCCAGCACACCUUUACCUCCCAUCUACCCAGAGGUCAGUUGCGUAGCCCAUAGCAGAUAGAAACUUUUAUAAUUCUGAAAAUGGUCAAGGUGCUUACCAUGACAAAAGAAAGUACACCAUAGUGGUUGGUUCAUAUUUUAACCCACUCUAGGUCCUCAGCAGAAACAUCCUAAGCACAGACAUGUCUAACUGUUGUUCAUGUGUGUUUCCAGGAGCUGCUGCAGCUGCUGUGAUGUCCAGUUCCAAAGGACCCACCGUACUGAGACCUGUUACAGGUCCUGGUAGUGGUACUGGCCCACCUACUGUCCAGCACAUCAUCCACCAGCCUAUCCAGUCCCGGCCAAUAGUAACAACGUCCACUGCUGUGUUGCCCAUGGUGGUUGCCCCGGUAACGGCCACCAGGCCUCAGUCCCCAGUGGUUAGCUCAGCCACGCACUCCGCAGAGAUGGUUCAUGGGUACGACAUGCUCAAAGCAUUAACUUUGAACUGUUUUUUUACUGUUUUAUUUUGUAACAUAUAAACUCAGCAAAAAAAGAAACGACCCUGUCUUUCAAAGAUAAUUCUUAAAAAUCCAAAUAAUUUCACAGAUCUUCAUUGUAAAGGGUUUAAACACUGUUUUUUACAUUACAUUUUAGUCAUUUAGCAGACGCUCUUAUCCAGAGCGACUUACAGUUAGUGAAUAUAUAUAUAUUUUUUUUAUACUGGCCCCCUGUGGGAAUCGAACCCGCAACCCUGGCGUUGCAAACGCCAUGCUCUAUCAACUGAGCUACAUCCCUGCCGGCCAUUCCCUCCCCUACCCUGGACGACGCUGGGUCAAUUGUGCGCCGCCCAUGAGUCUCCCGGUCGCGGCCGGCUGCGACAGAGCCUGGAUUCGAACCAGGAUCUCUAGUGGCACAGUUAGCACUGCGAUGCUUGUUCAAUGAACCAUAAACAAUGAAUGAACAUACACCUGUGGAACGGUUGUUAAGACACUAACACCAAAAGAAAGAUGCCCAGGGUCCCUGCUCAUCUGCGUGAACGUGCCUUAGGCAUGCUGCAAGGGGGCAUGAGGACUGCAGAUGUGGCCAGGGCAAUAAAUUGCAAUGUCCGUACUGUGAGACGCCUAAGACAGCGCUACAGGGAGACAGGACGGACAGCUGAUGGUCCUCGCAGUGGCAGACCACGUGUAACAACACCUGCACAGUAUCGGUACAUCCGAACAUCACACCUGCGGGACAGGUACAGGAUGGCAACAACAACUGAGUUACACCAGGAACGCACAAUCCCUCCAUCAGUGCUCAGACUGUCCGCAAUAGGCUGAGAGAGGCUGGACUGAGGGCUUGUAGGCCUGUUGUAAGGCAGGUCCUCACCAUACAUCACCGGCAACAACGUCGCCUAUGGGCACAAACCCACCGUCGCUGGCCCAGACAGGACUGGCAAAAAGUGCUCUUCACUGACGAGUCACGGUUUUGUCUCACCAGGGGUGAUGGUCAGAUUUGCGUUUAUCGUCGAAGGAAUGAGCGUUACACCGAGGCCUGUACUCUGGAGCGGGAUGGAUUUGGAGGUGGAGUGUCCGUCAUGGUCUGGGGCGGUGUGUCACAGCAUCAUCGGACUGAGCUUGUUGUCAUUGCAGGCAAUCUCAACGCUGUACGUUACAGGGAAGACAUCCUCCUCCCUCAUGUGGUACCCUUCCUGCAGGCUCAUCCUGACAUGACCCUCCAGCAUGACAAUGCCACCAGCCAUACUGCUAGUUCUGUGCGCGAUUUCCUGCAAGACAGGAAUGUCAGUGUUCUGCCAUGGCCAGCGAAGAGCCCGGAUCUCAAUUCCAUUGAGCACGUCUGGGACCUGUUGGAUCGGAGGGCUAGGGCCAUUCCCCCCCAGAAAUGUCUGGGAACUUGCUGGUGCCUUGGUGGAAGAGUGGGGUAAAAUCUCACAGCAAGAACUGGCAAAUCUGGUGCAGUCCAUGAGGAGGAGAUGCACUGCAGUACUUAAUGCAGCUGGUGGCCACACCAGAUACUGACUGUUACUUUUGACCCCCCCCUUUGUUCAGGGACACAUUAUUCCAUUUAUGUUAGUCACAUGUCUGUGGAAGUUGUUCAGUUUAUGUCUCAGUUGUUGAAUCUUGUUAUGUUCAUAAAAAUAUUUCCACAUGUUAAGUUUGCUGAAAAUAAACGCACUUGACAGUGAGAUGACGUUUCUUUUUUUGCUAAGUUUAUAAUGUAUAUGCCAUUUAGCAGAUGCUUUAUUCUAACCGACUUGGUCAUGAGUGCAUACAUCAGUCUUUUUAAAUGUUUUAUGUCCGGGUGGUCCCAGUAAUCAAACCCACUAUCCUGGCAUUGCAAGCGCCAUGCUCUACCAACUAAGCUCCACGUUUUGUAAAUGUAUCAAGAUAGUUAAUUCUUUGGAGCCCAAUGCUAUUCCAGCUAUUGCAAGUGUAUGUAAGAUCAGCUAUUGCAGGUGUAUGUAAAACCAAUGUUAACCCUCCUCUUGCUGUCUUCCAUCAGGCGUCCAGGGCUGACCAUUCACCCCCCUCCAGCCACUCUGAGCAUCCAGCGUCCUCCCCAAUCUCGGGAGACCCCCACACGCAUCACCCUGCCCUCUCACCCUGCCAUUGGGGGUCAGAAACCCCAGCUGUACAACACCAUGGCACAGAAGCCCAUAUUCAGCAAUGUGACUCCUGUCGCUGCAGCAACUGUUGCCCCCAUAUUAGCCACCAAUACUGCUCCAUCGCCUAGCACUACGGGUAUGAUGCUACUGUUGUGAUAGAGAUAGGUCUAACUCAUCUAUUUUCAUUUCAGCAUCAUUCAAGUUUUAAUGUCACGUGCACAAGUACAGUAAAAUGCCUUUCUUGCAAGCUCCAAACCCAACAAUGUAGUAAUCAGUAUCAAUGUAGUACUAAAAAUAACAUUAGGUAGAACAAAAACACACGAGGAAUAGAAAUAAGAACACAAGAAAGUAAAAAGCUAUAUACAUGAUCAGUUCCAAUACCAUAUUUACAAUGUGCAAAGAUACUGGAGUGAUAGAGGUAGAUAUGUAUAGGGGUAAGGUGACUAGGCAUCAGAUAUAUGAUAAACAAGAGUAGCAGCAGUGUAAAUUAUGAUUGUAUGUGAGUGCUUGUGUGUAGAGUCAGUAUAAAUGUGUGCAUGUUAUUUGUGUGUCGGUGUGUGUGUGUAGAGUCCUGUGAGUGUGCAUAGAUCAGUGCAAAAAUACAAGGGUCAACUCAGUCCGUGUAGCCAUUCUGUUAGCUAUUCAGCAGUCUUAUGGCUUGGGGAUAGAAGCUGUUCAGGAGCCUGUUGGUGUCAGACUUAAUGCACCGAUACGGCUUGCUGUGCAAACGCAUAGGGAACAGUUAUCAAGACUAAAUGUCUCCUUUAUUCUGUUUUAAUGGUGUAAUAACCACAUUAUCAGGCUCAGGACCCCACCCCAACAGUAACAUCGUCACCAUGGCGAUGCCCUCUCAUUCCUCCCACGCCACAGCAGUCACCACGUCCAACAUCCCUGUGGGUAAGUAUCUCAAUCAUUAAUGUUGGAGUCAAAGGCACCAGGCUACUCUCUGGAGUAACAUACUCCACAUUUCAUGUCAUGUUUACUUAUCUAAUAAGUAAUUGAUAUGAGUAGAGAGGCUAUUAAAAACAGUGACACAUUAAAUUAUCAACUGCCGAAUUGAUAGCACCAGUCCCUAAGGAGUGGUUUUAUGUUGUGAAAUGAAAAUUGCACCCCACUAAUUGUAACCCAUUCCACCUCCACCCUCUUCAGCUAAAGUGGUUCCCCAGCCGAUAGCCCACACCUCGCCCAGGAUCCAGCCGGAGUACCCUGGAGAGAGGGGCAACCUGAUCCCCAUCACCAUGGAGGCCCGCAGUGACAACAGGUCAGAGACGGGGUCGGAUUUAUUUUUCUUUUGGGUUGAUGAUAAUACAUGCAUCAACAAGAUGAGUAUCUGAUCCCAGAGGAUAGCACAUUAAAACACUUAGAUGGUGCUUGAUUGUCCUGGGCUUCAUAUCAAAUGGCUUCUUCUCCUUAUUUCUGCUGUACUUGGAUUACAUUUCUGGUUGGUAGUUGAAAGUUGAAAAUGUUAUGAAAACUUAAGCUUUAUGUUUUUUAUCUUAUUUAUUUGGUAUGCAUUUCCCCCCACAGGCAAUCAGUGCCAGUGCAGUUCCAGUACUUCCUGCCUACCUAUCCUUCUUCGUCGUACCCUCUGACACACACCUACACCCCCAUCACCAGCUCUGUGUCCACCAUCCGACAGUACCCAGGUACCACUCACCUCUCCCAAUUUAAAUCACUGCUUCCAUAUGACUCUGUAACCAAUCAGAUAUUUGGAAUUCUCAGGGUGUGACUAAUAAUGCUAUAUAAUGAUGAUGGUGAUAAUGGUGAUGAUAAUGCUAGAUGUUGAUAAUAAUCUCGAUGGUGAUAAUGCUAAUAAUGCUAGAUAAUGCAAAGUACUGAACCAACUCUCACUUCAAUCAAGACAAAUUAUCAUUUUGUAUUAUUAAAUCACUAGUUUCUAGUUCUUGCUUCCCAAGCCAGAGUCCGACCCAAUUGUGAGCUAGUUUAAUCUGUCUCUAAACAAGUCUCCAACCCUGUGUGUCAACCCCAACCCCUCAUCUCUGUUUCCUGUCACCCCUACAGUAACCCCUCAGGCCCCCAGUGGCACGGCCAUGCAGACCCAGACCAGUGUGGGCGUAGCGUCGGCGGUGCACCUCAACCCCAUGCAGCUGAUGACGGUGGACCGCAUCGCUCAGAUCAACACACAGAACAUCCAGCCCGCUGCCAUGGCCACGCAGGGCAUCCAGUCAACCACCAUCAGCGCCCAGGGCCUGCAUGCCGCCACCGGUCAGAUCACUGCGCAAAACAUCCAACCAGCGCCCAUCAACCAACAGCAGCCAGCCAAUGACAACAAGACCUCAGGUGAGUUGGUGAACAAAGCUGUUUAAGUUUUGAGUUUGUGUCUGGUCUGAGAUUGACAUAUUAUGAAUAGAAUACAUAUCAGAUUCUAUUCUACAGAUUUCGUCCACUUUCUUGUCUAAAGUUCUCAUGAUAUUCAUUUGUUAUUUCAAAAUAAUUUAGUCAUCUGUUUGAGAGAGGAAAAAACACGGUAAUGUGACACACAAUCCAGAGAAAGGUAAGUAUGCUAAGAUCAACAUUGUUCUUUCUACUUAGUUGUGUUAGCAGACGGCUCCACUCUGGUAGCCAACCCCAUUGGCCAGACGUUCGGCAGCGGUCACCCUCCCACCUCCGUGGGGCAGACACACCCACAGAACACUGGGCCUGGUGCUCCCACCCUAGUGUCCUCCCCCCGGCCUAGCAUCCUACGCAAGAAGCCUGCCAACGAAGGGUGAGUUUAGAAAACCCCUCUGGAUGCUACUACUCACAAAUCCUGGUCCUGGGGAGCUACAGGGUGUGUAUGUUUUUGUUCCAGCCCAGCACUAACCUGUUUCUGUUUGCCCUAUAAAGGUCUGCUGUGAGGAAGAACCUGAUCCCAGAGGCCAUCAGGCCUGCAUCAGGGUAGGACAUCACAGCACCUUGUUAGUAGGCCCUGAUCAGAGUAGAUGCUGAUUACACACGCUGGUAUCCUCAGUACAUGCUGAUUACACACGCUGGUAUCCUCAGUACAUGCUGAUUACACACGCUGGUAUCCUCAGUAGAUGCUGAUUACACACGCUGGUAUCCUCAGUACAUGCUGAUUACACACGCUGGUAUCCUCAGUACAUGCUGAUUACACACGCUGGUAUCCUCAGUACAUGCUGAUUACACACGCUGGUAUCGUUUAACUACAUCUUGUAGUUAAGAAUUACCUUUUAAAAUGAUUGUGUGGUUAAUAUUUUUCCUGUUCACCCAGUAUGAAGCACAAGCCUGAUCUCCACGUGUCCCUGGCUCCACCGUUGACGUCGUCGUCCAUGGAAGCGCUGCCCAGCCAUCAGAUCAAUGAGCAGCAGCAGCAGCACCCCAGAGCCCCGCCACACCAGCACCCCUCUCAGCCAAUCCAGACCCUCCUCUCAGUGUCCGCACCCCCACACUCCCAGCCUGGCCCCGCCAUGUCUGCCGUUACUCCACCAAUCUCGUCUAUGGCCAAUGUGGUGGUUCCGCCUACACAGGCAGCGGCCAGUAGCACAGCGGCAUGUGGAAUAAGCUCCGCCCUCCCUGAGAUCAAGAUAAAGCAGGAAGUGGAGCCUAUGGAUUCCUCCAAAGCAGGUUUGUUUGAAUAGAAAAAUGUAUUUGUCACCUCCAAAACCUAUAUCGUCUGUAAAACUUUUUUUUAUUGGUGUCCUAUUGCUGAUAUACAGUAGGAUCGGUUUACCUUUUAAAUCAUAAUGAAUAAGGUGGCGGGCCUGAUCCUAGAUCAUUAUUCCUAGUCUGAGACACUUUGUGAAUACGGGCCCUGAACAUCUCUUCCUUCCUGGCCCCUCCUCUCCCUCCAGGUCCCCCUAUGCCCCAUGGCGGCACCCCCAUGUUGUCCAUGAUGCCCGGUGGGGACGGGAUCCCCGGGGCCUCCCCCAGGAAGAAGCCCCGGAAGCAGCAGCACGUCAUCUCCACGGAGGAGAGCGAGAUGAUGGAGACCAACAGCACAGACGAGGAGAAGGUCCUGGUCAGACCACACAGCAUGAGGCCUGAGAAACGCAAGUCGCCCCCCAAGGAGUACAUAGGUAAGGGAACAUCCCUUUUGGGUGUGUGAGCGAUUUAUUCAAGUGAACGGUAAACUAGCCUCAGUAACUUGGAAAGGGGCUCAAGUUAACUGCAGUCUUCCAUAAUGUUUAUUGCAUUCUCCUUAUUUUCAGACAAUAAAUCAUAAUUGGCUAGAGUCUACUCCGGUUGUGCAUGUCAUGUCUAAAGAUUCACUAGUCUGUAAGGACAAGACUUGUACAAGAACAGCCAUAUUAACCCCGUGAGUGACCACUGUGUUUCUCUGCCCUGCAGAUGAGGAGGGUGUGCGUUAUGUCCCCACCCGUGCUCGCCCCCCGGUCACCCUUCUCCGCCACUACAGGAACCCCUGGAAGGCUGCCUACCACCACUUCCAGAGAUACAGUGACAUCCGGGUCAAAGGUCAGACCGUCUUUAUUAUUGAUAACAUUCAAUGAUAACUGUAUUUAUAAAGAAUUUUCAUACAUUCUGGGUUCUAAGAGCUUGUUGUGGCACUGAAAUGUGCUUCUUGUGGGACUGAAUUGCGCUUCUUGUGGGACUGAAAAGUGCUUAUUGUGGACUGAAAUGGAGGCUUUUUGACGUUGAACUGUUUAUUCAUUGUUUUGUUUGGACAAUCUAAAUGACACAACAAUUAUUACAACAUCACACAAGGUUAUUAUUCUCACCAGAGUGCAUACAUAGGAAAACAUUUAGCAUACACACAAACCAAGAGGACUUCUUUCUAUUGUGCUAUGUGCACUGUGAAGCAAAACCGAAAGGAAUUAUUAGUAUGCUAUGAAAGCAAAUGUGUCAUUUGUUGGCAUCACAUCAUUGUUAGAACUUUUCAUUAGCAACGCUAGUGGGAGAAAAACACCAGUUCAUUCCACUGUUCUGUUUUAGUAGUCUCCAGCGUUGGUUGCUAGCAAUUGACCAGUCACUUUCAAAGCACAAAUAUUGUAUGACUAGGGUCUAGAGAUUUUCCUAACCACUUGACCUGACCAGGAAAAACUCCUGGCCCUAAUUAUAGUUAAAUAUUUUAAUGGUGUGUGUUGUUGAAGGUAUUACUGUAUUAUUACAGGGAUUUUUCUGCCUAUAUAAUCCUUGGGCGGGCCACCUAAAUGUUUUUUCUCGGGUCGCCAAGUCCAAACAGUGGUAAAAAUAUUUUUUAUAUAUUUCUACAUUUUCGGGAUGGAAAAACGCUUUCAGUGUAAACUUAAACGACUAAAACCAGAUAUAAAGGAUGUAGAAAAGAUAAUGGACCUAUAUAUCUUUAAAUAAUAUAAUCCUUGAGAACUAACAAUCACCAAAAUAAAAGCUAGACAGUCAGGGAGAAUUGAAAAUUCCAAAAACAAUGAUUUUAUCAGCAUUGAUUUUGUUAUUAUGUUUGAGCAAAAGAACACCACAAGCCAUGGCAAAAUGCAUAGAAUUGCAGGAAACUAGCUUUAAAACUGCAAAAAAAAUUCUCAGCUCCAUGGGGAAAUUUAUAGAAUUGUAGGAAAUUGGCUUAAAUGCUAAAAUGUCUACACCGCCAAGAUGGGGGGCCUCUAAAAUGUUAUUUAAAAGAUCCCGCACUGACGCCCCUUUUUGAUCCAGAAAAAUACCUGUAUUAUAUUAGAAUAUGGCUUAAUGGUGUGUUGUUGAAGGUAAUACUGUAUGAUUAUAUUAGAAUAUGCCUUAACCCUAUCAGUCCCGAGCCCCAAGCAAAAAUCGGAUUUUCAUUUAUCUGACUUUCAUUUAUGUGGAUGUCCAGCCCUUCUAUUUAGCUUCACAAUUAAGUGUUUUACCAUUUUAUUUUCAGGAUAACCAGGGCUACAAGUAGAACACAAAACAAUUUGACAAACCGUUGCAUUCAUGAAUUGUAUUGACAAAUGUCAAUAAGAAAAAUAUCUGCCAAAGCCAAAAACCUGAUUUCAAAAUUAAUUUAUAUGAAUGCUGUAAGUACAGAAAUUGUUUGCUCACUGGAAAAUCCAACUAGUCCGUGACAACUGUUUGGAGUUUGUGACAGCACCUGUGAGCUUAUUACAGUAUUAUAGACACUAUGUCCUGGGAUUUCCUACAAUCUUCAAUGUAGAAGAACCCCUUACCUUCUAAUGGCUCUUGUGUGGCUUGUGAGCGUCAUAGAGCAAAACAUGUUACAUGUUCUUGAGUCUUUUCAUAAAUAGCUUUUUAAUAGUUCGUAGCUCAAACCAUUCAGGGAUGUCUCAAACACCAUUCUAGCUCAGCCCCUGUUAUCUACGGAUGCAGAAGAACUGGACGAAUCCAAUGGUACAACACGGAAGUCUGUAGCUCAUUGGGUUAAUGGUGUGGGACUCAUUGGGUUAAUGGUGUGGGACUCAUUGGGUUAUUGGUGUGUUGUCAUGGUUUCAGAGGAGAAGAAGGGCACCCUGCAGGACGUAGCCAAUCAGAAGGGGGUGGUGUGCAGAGCCCAGGGCUGGAAGAUGCACUUGUGUGCUGCACAGCUCAUGCAGCUGGUGAGAAACACUUCCCUUUUACGUGCAGUAUGCUGAAUUUUAAGCACGACGAAAAGAGAACCUAAGAGUUAUGAAAAUGGAGCGAAAAGGGGUGACUCUUGAAAAUGUUAUCCAAGUGGAUCUCAUUGUCUCACUGAUGGUGCUUCAUGGCAACGCGUCACGUUAUAUGAUGUAGCUGUCAGAAGACAAUGAAGGGGCUCUAUAUAUCUAAAUCUUCUUAUACAAGAUACAGUAACUGUCCUCCCGAUUAGCAGUCAGUAGUGACAUCAGUCAUGUUGUCUCCCCUCUCUAUCCCCAGACUAAUCUGGAGCAUGAUGUGUACAGCCGCCUCACUACCCUCCAAGAGGGCCUGAUCCCAAAGAAGAAGGCCGGGUCAGAUGAUGACCUGCACCGUAUCAACGAGCUCAUACAGGUCAGAGGUCAUACACGCAACAACACAAAGGAAAUCCAUGCACUUCUGCUGCUCAUGGGGAGACCCAGAGUUUUCCCAGACCGCUUGACUUGACCAGGAAAAACUCUAGGCCUUAGUUAUAACCUACAAACCAAACAGGUUUUUCUCAUCACUAUCUGACUGAGCACAAGUUUAAUCACAAUAUCUAAGAACUCACUAUUCCCAUAA